AUGCCCGCCGACCACGGCUCUGCCGUCGGCAACGACAACGCCGAUGUCGUCAUGCACGGCGACGGCACCUCCUCCUCUUCCGGCGAUACCUCGUCCCCUCGCGCCGGCGCCGCGCGUGAUCCUGUCACUGGCGGUGCCAAUCGCCUCCCUCCCCUGCGCCCCAUCGACUUCGACACCAUCGAUGAGGACGACCCUCGUCUGCCGCUGAUGAUCGAUGGGUACUUCGUCUGCGAGUACCCUGGCGAGCACGUCGGCAACUUCGGCUUCGAGCCCGCCCGCCGCCCGGACCCCGACCCCGACAUGUACCCUCGUGUGUACACCGGCAUCGCGGGCUACGAGCCCAGCGGCGAGUCGUAUCCCUGUGGCGCGACCGAGAUCAACGAGGAGCUGGCCAACCCGCUGUCUGGCCGCUGCAGCAACUGUGCCAACGGUCGCGACGGCGGCCGCAGCUGCUACCAGCAAGAGGCAGGCAAGCCCUGCGACCACUGCAGGGAGAAGGGUCGCCCUUGCGACGUGGACCUUCGCGUGCCGACGUACACCGGCCCCUACGCGGAGGAGCGGGCGCUCGUCUACCGGGACCAGCGUCGCCGCUGGGAGGAGAACGAGUACAUCAGCUGCCGCCCCGCCCCCAACAUCCGCCUGGCCCACGUCAGCGACCUGGACGUGUCGGGCCUGGUCUGGGUGCGAAUCUCCGCCGCCGUGGAGGCCGCCAAGGCGCACGACGUGCAGCGCCGGGGCAACUACGAACGUGGCGUUGGCUCCCGUCAAGAGCCUGGCGAGGCGCACGGCGUCCUGCCCUCCCUGCGCUCGGUGCGACGCGAGGUCGAAGCGGCGCUGCCCGCCAUGAGGCGGGUCUUCAAGGCCGUCAACCGCGCCCUCGUCGAGGCCAACGUGGCCAAGGCCAACGACGCCCGUGCCCUGAUGCGCGAGUACAAGCUGCUCUCCCGACAGAUUGCGCGCCUCGACGGCGACGACGGCAAGGAGCCCACCCUCAUCCAGCAGCUCGACACGCUGAUCGAGGAGCGCUGGGCCGCCGACCAAUCUGGCCCUUCGGUGCCUCGCCCUCCGUUGCUGGCUGUGGCGUGCUUUGCAAUGGGCUAG